AUGAACAAUUGCGCCAUCCGACUGCCGAGCGAGGACGACAAGUGGCUCGAAUUCAAGAAUCACCCGAAUAAGGAACGAUUUCCAUUCAUCAUUUACGCGGACUUGGAGUGCGUACUACGGCGAACGAAACCAGCAGAGAAGGAAGACGCAUCGUACACUUAUCAGCAGCACGAGUAUCACAUCCAGUGCGAUGAUGUGUACGAGACGAUGAAACGCGAUAUCGCUAGAUUCGAUACGAGCGAUUAUUCGCCGGGCAACACAUACGGGAUGCCUCUCGUGAAUAAAAAAGUACCCGGUCUAAUAAAGGAUGAGAAUAACGGUGCGAUAAUGACAGAAUUUGUCGGACUCAGAGUGAAGAUGUACGCGGUGAGGGUGGACGGCAGAAAAGACAUUAAAAAGGCAAAAGGUGUAAAGAAUAACGUCGUAACGCGAACAAUAACGUUCGAUGAUUACACGCGGUACUUGAAUGAAGAUAUCGAAAUGACUCGUCGCCAGUCGUGUACCGAAUCGCCUACUUUGAAUUUUGCUGGACCUGCGAUCUUUAUCGCGCUGUAUACCGUAUCCAAGAGUCUUUUGGUGAUCGCAGGAGUUACAUCAGCAUGUCGAUAG